AUGGUACUUCCUGUGCGCAUUCUUCCCAUUGACUGGCGAAGGAGAAGGUACAUUCCUCAGAAGAAAUCGAAAAUUUUGCAAAAUACAUUGCAGUCAGGUGUGGCUACGAUCUUUUCCAGUCACGGAUACGAUCCUCUCAAGUAUUGGUCCACUCAUGUUGAGAAAGGAUCCAUUCAGAGAAUUCGCAUCCCUGAUAUGCAGGGCUUGGUUCUUGAGUUAUUAUCCUCAUCCUAUUGUUCCACUUAUAUCUCUGCACCAGAGGAUGCCAGGAUGAAAAUCUGCUGCAAUAUGCCUAUCAUGACAAUGUUCGUGGAAUACCUCAAUUUACCAUUCACGUUCGAAUUCCAGUUAAGAGACAGCAAGAAAAUGAAGAGGAGAUACAGAUUCAGUACUUGCCGGAUGACCAGUAAAUUAGGUACCCUGACUUGCCAUGUGCCUUUACACGUUCGUAGAGGAUGGAACAGGAUACAGGUAGAUUUACAAGACCUCACCAGGUGGACUUACAAUAGUAACUAUGUAGAGUUCUUGGAAAUACAAAUUUAUGCCAAUUGUAGACUUAGAAGGAUCUUUUUUUCUGAUAAGCUAUACAAUGAAGAUGAAUUGCCAGAAGACUAUUUAUUGAAGUAUCCCAUGGAAUUGCACAUGGAGAAUGACAGUAUCCCUUUCACUUUGUUUCCUGCUAGUUUGUUUAAGGAUUGGAACUAUUAUGGUUCAUAA